UAGUUCUCACACUCAACGGCGCCCACCAAACUCAACUUAAACUUUCUUCUAAAUUACACAUCUUCUCUACACGCACGACUCAACGCCUGUCUUCCGUCGGAACAGCCACUCCACCCUCGCCACCUCCACUUCGCCACCUCGCGUCAUUUCAACCACCACACCAGCAGCAAAAACAAUGUCCAUGCUACCUGCUUCUUUUCUCCCUCUCUUUCCCUCCCCACAACAAACAACAACUCCAUCCUAAAUCACUUCCACCGCCCUUCUCCCUUCUCCUCCGCCACCACCUCCGCCUCCCCUCCACCGGCAUCACCGCACACACAAAACUCACUUCCCCUUUUCUGGUCUUCUCCUUGGAGGCGACGAUAACAACAAUAUAAUAACAAUAAUAAUAACAACAACAAUAAUAUAAUAAUAACAAUGGUGGCAAUCGGGAGGGGGAAGGAGAGAAUGCGGGGGACAAGAACAGGGAGGGGCUAUGAUGGUGUUGGCGGAGGCUAAGAGGUCGUUGGGGAGUCUGCCGAAGGACUUGGCGGCGGCGAUCCAAGAUGGGAGGACCCGCGGGCGGUUUUAACGAGGUAUUUUGAGCUUGAAAAUGUCUGGGUUAUUUCGUUGGUUGAUGCAGUUUGGUGGGUUUAAAGAGAGGUUAUUGGCUGAUGAUCUUUUCUUGGCUAAAGUUUUUUUUGAGUGCGGUGUUGGGAUCUUCACCAAGACUGCAGCAGAGUAUGAUCGGCGCAGAGAAAAUUUUUUCAAGGAGCUUGAAAUUGUUUUUGCAGAUGUGGUCAUGGCCAUAAUUGCAGAUUUCAUGCUUGUUUAUCUUCCUGCUCCUACUGUCUCUCUUCGAUCAUCUGUUGCAGCCAGUGCUGGAUCUAUUACCAAGUUCUUUCACAACUGUCCGGAUAAUGCAUUUCAGGUUGCUCUUGCCGGAACUUCAUAUUCUUUUUUACAGAGAUUAGGUGCCGUAGUGCGAAAUGGGACAAAGCUUUUUGCAGUUGGUACCGCUUCAUCACUGGUUGGUACAGCUGUGACAAAUGCCGUGAUUAAUGCACGGAAGGCUGUGGAUAAGAAUGCUGCUGCUGAAGUUGAAAAUGUGCCCAUAUUUUCCACCAGUGCUGCCUAUGGUGUUUACAUGGCAGUUUCUAGCAACCUCAGGUACCAACUGCUGGCGGGGGUUAUUGAACAACGGAUUUUGGAGCCCUUACUGCAUCAACACAAGCUCAUACUCAGUGCAGUUUGUUUUGCUGUCCGAACUGGCAACACAUACUUGGGUUCAUUAUUGUGGGUGGACUACGCUCGUUUGAUAGGACUUCAAAAGGCUCACGACGAGGAAAAAGCAUUGCCAGCUGUCAAUGACGAGCUUUGAAGUCUCAAGUUAUUGUUGGUUUAGAAAAGUAGGUAUAAGAUACCAAUUGGAUUCAUGGGAAUAUAGGGCCAUAUGAUGAGGUUUCUUGAAUAUCUAUACAUGCUGAAAAUUCGGAAUUAGUUGUGGUAAUUCUGCGUUGUAUUUUUUCUUCCCAGUUAGCUGACAUUCAUUUGUGUGGAUUUUUCUCAAAAUAAUCCAUAAGUUUCUAAUUUUCUGCAA